AGAGAAUUCAGUGAAUUGACCAGGUGAUAUAUUGACACAUUUUACUUAGAACAGUGACGACAAAGCAUUGGCCCCCAUUUCGCUGGUGAGAGAGGAGCUUUCCACAAGAUUGAGGAUCACCUUUAUACAAUGGAGAAAACGUGUUUGUCAUCCGUACUGUGGCUAAUUCUACUUUACUCCUUCAUCAGCGCUGUUCACUGUGAUUGUGGACAGCCUCAAAAUAUUCCCUAUGCAAUUCUAAAACCAGAGUUUGCAGUUAAAAUGCAUUUUGCUGUAGGAUCCACUGUGAAGUACGAUUGCCAGCCUGGAUUUAUACGAACUCCUGGAAGUAAAAAUUAUAUUACUUGCUAUAAGGACUCCAGUUGGUCCUCCUACGAUGAAUUCUGCCAAUUAAGAUCAUGUGGAUAUCCUGGUGACAUAGAAAAUGGAUAUCUUGAAACUGAAAGUUUUUUCUUUGGCUCAAAAGUAACAUUUCACUGUAAUCUGGGGUUCAAUAUGGUUUCAAAAAGAAAUUCCCGAGAGUGUCAAGCAGACGGAACAUGGAGUAACACGCUUCCUUCCUGUGAAGUUGUAAUGUGUCCCCCUCCUCCAACGAUUCCGAAUGGGAUUUUUUCCCCUGUGAAAGAAGAGUAUGAAUUUGCAGAUGCUGUAAGAUAUAAAUGCACCAGUCCUAACAUGGUGACGGAGUAUGACAGCUCUGUAUUCUGCAUGGACAAUGGAAACUGGAGCGAUCCCCUGCCACGCUGUAUAGAAGUUAACUGUGAGCCUCCGGAAAUCCCACACUCGCGAAAGAUGUUAGGAUUUGUUGGUCCAUAUACAUUAAAUUCUGUGAUGAGAUUUGAAUGUAAUAAAGGUUUUGCAAUGGAAGGAACAGACACUAUAGUGUGUAAUAUCCACAGUGAAUGGGACCCAUCACCACCUGAAUGUAUAGGAGCGUUCUGUCCGGAACCUAAACUGUUAAAUGGCAAAGUAAAACGAGGAAAGAAAACUGAUGGAUAUAGUGUUGGUAAUUCAGUAACAUUAGAGUGUGAUUUAAACUAUAAACUAAACGGUGAAAGCAAAGUAACCUGUGGAGAAGAUUUCCAAUGGUAUCCCCACUUGCCAACCUGUGAGCUGGGAACAUUCUGUCCAGAGCCCAAAUUAAUUAAUGGAAAAAUAAUACAAGGAAAGAAAACUUAUGGAUAUUAUGAGUGUGAUUCAAUAACAGUGGCUUGUAAUUCAGGCUACAAAUUAAACGGGGAAAAAAGAGUGAAAUGUCAAGGAGAUUUUCAGUGGAGUGAAUUCCCAAUCUGUGAGCUGAAAAAAGGCUGCCGUUCACCACAAAUUGCUAAUGGACAUAUAACUCAGAAAAAUGGCAUCCGUUACGAUCCUGAAAUUGAUGGUCAUGGAUUCUCUACUUCAGAUGAAGUCGAAAUUGUGUGUGAUAAGGGCUAUAGACUUCAAGGAAGUAGCCAGAGCACAUGCAUUGAGAAAAGAACUUGGUAUUACUUUGACUUUAACUAUUUAUGGUCACCAGAGCUGCCAACUUGCAUCUAAUAAUUAUGUUCAAGAUAAGGUGAUGAUGACCCACCUGAAACUGUCCAUAAAUCAAACUCAAAACAACCACGUUUUCAGAGAAUAUCUGUAUUUUAGUGCAUUCUUUUUACUCUUACUUUCUUCAAAAUUAACUUGCAAUAAAACAAGAAAAAAUAGAGUGUGUGGCAUUGAAAACUGUCAGAAUGGUAAA